AGAUUCAUACCCUUAAAGUUUAAAGUACCCGGAUUAAAGUCAAAAUGGUGAGAAAGAAAAUAGACAACCGAAUUCGUCUGAUGAUUGAAAAUGGAGUGGCAAGUCGACAUCGCUCCAUGUUUGUUAUUGUUGGAGAUCAAGGGAAAGAUCAGGUACAUUUAAAGUCUUUACAACAGGGAGGUUUUUAUGGUUUUGAAAAAUAUGGGGGCUGUGCCAGAUUCAAGGUAGAAGACUUAAGUGUGUGUUCCCCAACAUGUCAAAGUUCUCUCAUAUGAGAUACCAUGGCAUAUACCACACAAAAGUGAAAUACAGUGGAACCUCUCAUAACGAGCAUAAUUCUUCCCAGAAUCUUACUCGUUUAGUGAAACACUCGUUAAACGAAACAAUUUUCCCAUACAAAUCAAUGUAAAAUACGAUAAUGCGUUCCAUGCUGAAAAAAAUACUAAUUUUUCAAAAAUUAACAUUUAUUCAAAUAAAAUUACUUAUGAAUUGUUAAGGAGUGUAACAACUUGGAAUACAAUUUAGAUUUGAAACAAAAACGUAAAUAAAAAUAUGAAUUUAUAACAAAUAAUUAAUCCUUUUUAACGAGAAAACUGUCUAAAGACAAUUAUUUUUGCUGACGCUUCAAAAUUUGACGAAAAUGUGUCACAGCAUUAUCAUUGAAUAAUUUUGAAGCACGAAUAGCCACCUCCUUAUUAGGGUAAUGCUUCUUAAUGUACGAUGCAACAGUUUCCCAUGCUUUCAGCAUUUCUCUUAUUGCGCUAGAAGAUUGUUGCUCUGCUACUUCCUCCUCCAUUAAUGAGCUCUCCUCCAUAAUUUCUUGCUGUGAAACACGAUGCAACUCCAUAAGCUCUUCGGUGGUCAACUCUUGACUGUGCUCUUUCACAAGCUCUUCAAUAUCGUUGUUGUCCACCUAGAGUCACAUAAUAUUGGCCAAUGACACAAUCUCGUUAACUUUAGACUCCACAGGUACUGUUUCAAAAUCACAUUCAACAACACUAUCUGGCCAGUUUUUUCCAAGCAAAAGUGAGGGAAAAAGGGACUUCCCCUUUCUGCGUAACUUGUUAUGCGAAAAUUUUCACAUUUUUUUUGCUCGCUAUGCAAAUUACUCGUUAUGAGAGGUGCUCGUUAUGAGAGGUUCCACUGUAUAGCUAAGGACAGUGACAGUACCCGGUAGUAAAAAAUUGUUAGUUGCACCACAUCACGUUUAAAGGUUAAAUUAUGCCAAAAAAAUAAUUAGAAAAGUAGCUUGAUUCCUAAUGAAUAUUUUAGGUUACACAUUUUUAAAAUUUCUAAGCCCUCAAGAUAUUUUCUUUCAUAUAAAUACAGGCAUUGUGUAAAAUUAGUGUAAGUACAAUGUUGCUGUCAAUUCUACAAAAAUAAUGUCUAAAUGUGUAAAGGACAUGAUUUUGUAUUAAAGAUGAUUUUUUUUUUACUUUGUAUUUCAUUUUUAGGAUGUGAGACUGUCUUUAGUUAUAUGUUAGAUUUCAGCAGCUACAAAAAAUUUAUGCUAGAGUUUAAAAAAUAAUUAAUCUUUCCAAUUAGCAUUAGUCAUAAAUUAUUGUGAGUAAAAGAUGUUUGGCUGUAAUUAUCUGAUAUUCCUUUGAUGAUAAUGAUAUGGAUGUAAAUUUUUCUGUCAGAGUCAAUCUUUGAAUGGCCCAGAGUACCCAUGACAAGAUAGUAAAUUAAAUAUUAAUUUAAAUUAAUUAUUAAUUUAUAUAUCAAGUGUUCAGGCCAACAGUCAAUGAUGUUUCAUGAGCAUGAAAAAAAGAGAAGACAAAAAGGGACAGGCUUCUUUCGCUUUUUCUUUUAUGUCUCUUGAAUAAUUUGACAUGAAAUAUUCACCUGGGUCAGCGCCAAAUUACUCUUUAUCCAAAUAAAAAAAAACAAAUCAAUCAUCAUCCUCUGUCUUUGAAUUUAACGAUUGACGAUCUGUAAAAGUUAUCUCUUCGUGCUAACUAUGUGGCCACUGUUUUAUAUUGUGUGUUUGAUUAAUUUAAUUAAGAACAUUAUGGUUAUUCUUAUUUACCUUUAUCCUCUCAGGUUGUCAUACUACAUCACAUGUUAAGCAAAGCAGAACUAAAGGCCAGGCCAUCAGUUUUGUGGUGUUACAAGAAGGAGUUAGGAUUUAGUAGGUCCGUUUCAGCUGAACUGCUAGGAAUCUUGGUUAUAUUCUUUCUAACAACAUGUCUCUCGAUAAACACAUAUCUCACAUUUGUCGUUUAGCAUACACCACUAUCCGUCAAAUCAGCUCCAUACGCCACUACCUCACAGUUAGCGCUACAAAAACUCUAGUCUGUGCUUUUGUUCUCUCUCGUCUUGACUAUUGCAAUUCUCUUCUGUCAGGUUCACCAAAACACUGCAUAGAAAAACUGCAGAAAGUUCAAAACUCAGCUGCUAGGCUAGUUUUAAAGGCAAAAAAACGUGAUCACGUCACUCCACUACUCCAUUCCCUUCAUUGGCUACCUAUACAGGCACGCAUUGACUACAAGUUGUCUGUUCUCUGUCACAACUUUUUUUUUUAUUCCUGCCCUUCCUAUCUAACCGAACUUCUUUCUGUCUAUUCACCCCUUCAACAGCUUCGCUCCUCUGCAGACACACGUAUUCUGUCCGUUCCCAAGACACAGACUAAAACACAUGGUGAACGAUCUUUCUCUUUCUGCGCCCCCAAACAACGGAAUUCUUUGCCACUACACAUACGCAAUAUACCAACCAUCCAGGCAUUCAAAACUGCACUCAAAACACAUCUUUCUAAAUUAUACUACCCUGAGUUAUUCCCCUCCUCUUACCGAUAAACGAUCUUGCUGGCUGCAGUCCAUGGUUUGCCUUGUAAAAGUUAUGUGUUGGGAGGGUGAAUAUAAUUUUUUUGCUGUGCUUUAUUUCAUAAAUGUAUUUUAUUUUAAUGUCAUGAUUAUGUCUCUUCUGAUAAAAUUUUUAUGUACAUCGCGGUGAGCUCAGCCCUAGGCUGGGGUACAGCGCUAUAUAAGACCCCUUAUUAUUAUUAUCAUGAUAGUAGUUAUACAUUAGAAGAUUUUCAUGUACCACAUUUUAUUGCCAACUUAUGACAUUUUUGGCCAUAAAAAAGUAAUGAAUCAUGCAUACGAUUUAGAAAUUUAUUAAACAUGAAUAAAUAAAAUAAAGCAUAACUUACAACAAAUAAUUAUCUACACAUAUCUAAAACAAUUUUUCAUCAUUAAAAUCCAGUCACCCCAAAAAAAGAAUGAAAGAAAUACAGAAAAAGAUAAAAAGUGGAAAACUGAAUGUGAGAGAAGAUGAUCCAUUUGAUCUGUUCAUUUCAUCCACAAACAUUCGCUACUGUUAUUACGCAGAAACUCACAAAAUCCUGGGAAACACAUACGGCAUGUGUGUCUUACAGGUUAGUGUCCACGUUUGGCUGUGGUUACCUUAAUAAUUAAAAACUCUGCGUCCAUCAUGUUAAUUUACUACAGCGUCUUUUUCCAUUGUUCAUUGAAAGUGUUCAACUCUUUUUUUUAAAAAAUGUUUACCCUCAUCAUGAUAUCGAAAUAUAUAAAAUAAAGGAGAUGAAAAUAAAUGUAAGUUCUCUGGCAUGUAAAUGUCUUAACCAUUCUGUUUUCUUGAUGACCAUUUCAGGACUUUGAAGCUCUGACUCCAAAUUUACUGGCAAGGACAAUAGAAACAGUUGAAGGUGGCGGCCUUGUUAUCUUAUUGCUACGUACAAUGUCUUCUCUGAAACAGCUGUUUGCCAUGUCCAUGGUGAGUUGUGAUACUGCAGCCGAUCUCAUCUAUAGAAUAGAGCCUCAAAUUGAAGAACCUGGUGCUAAAAUUACUUUAGUUGCAUUUUUUUUCAAAACCAAGCCAUUGAUCUUUUUAUAUGUAAUGAACUCUAUUGAUAUGAAGAAAUGAAUACACACCCAAGUCAUUUUUCCCUGGAGAUGCACGCACACACAUAUAAUGUAAUUUGAUAAUCAGUUUAAAUUCAAAGUGGUUUAUCUCAGAAUAGAUGUUUAGUAGCUAAGAAUUUUAGCACUAAGGAAAUUAUUUCUCUCAUUUAGAAAACAAAAACAAGUUAUUGUCAUUUAAAUACAAAGUGCCUUCAAGAUAUUUCAUGACAUAAUAUUGCCAUCAUUUUCUUUUGAUGAAAGCAAUCACACCAAUCUUUUAAUCUCUAUGAAUAAAAAAAUAAUGGACUUUAUUCUAGGCAUUUUCAUUUUAUACUUUAAUAUAAUAAUAAUAUGUUCAGGUUUUUUUGUUCUUGUUUUUUUUUUUUUUUGUGUUGAAAAAAUGAUUUUUUCUAAUCCUCUCUCCCUUUUUUGUUAUGUUAUACUUUAAUAUAAUAAUAAUAUGUUCAGGUUUUUUUGUUCUUGUUUUUUUUUUUUUUGUGUUGAAAAAAUGAUUAUUUCUAAUCCUCUCUCCCAUAUUGGUUAUGUCAGGAUGUCCACUCCAGAUUUCGCACUGAAGCACAUCAAGAUGUUGUUGGUCGCUUUAAUGAAAGGUAUCUAGAACUCAAACAAUAAGUACUUUAAUUUGGGGGCCUUUACGUUUAAUAUUUUAUAAAUUAAUAAUGCUAAAUAAUAUACUUUUAAUGGUUGUUCCAACUGUUGCAGAAAAAUUUUGCUAAUUAUUUUGGUUAUUUAGGCUACCCUGGUCAUUUGUGCUACCUUGGCCAUUUGUGUUGUGCUCACUUUAAAUUGGUUUGUAUGUUGUUUUACUGACGUUUUCUAACUCUUAGGUUUCUCUUGUCCCUGGCAUCUUGCGAAAAUUGUGUUGUUGUGGAUGACAAGCUUCAUCUGAUCCCCGUGUCAACCCACGCCCUCAGUAUAGAAGCCUUGCCGGCAAAAUCAUUGGUGAGUAAAUGACAAAGUCAUCAGACAUUGCUGAUACUACAUAAUCCCUCCAGAUGUUGACAUAUUCAUUGGUUUAAUGCAGUUAUAAUUUCAAGCAUAAAAUACCCAUGCCCCUGGGCUCCUGGGGGAAAGUUCCACUAUCCCACAACAAAAUCACAUGAUUAUAAAAUGGAAAAAAAAAAAUUGUGUGCAUUUCAAUCUAACUUUGUUAUUAGUCCAUAACUAUUUUAAAAUGUAUCACUGGGAGAAUAAUAUUUAGAAUUGGUGUAGAAUAGAAAUGUAGAUGGUCAUUCAUGUGUCCCUGAUUUUUCAUAAAAGCCGGGGCUAGGGCUAAUGGUAGACCUUGUGUUGUUGCUUUCAUUCCCAAAACACAGAUCAGUUCCACUUGUAAUUGGUCAUCACUCUAUCAUUGUCUAUUUACUUUCUUAUAAUCCUUUUUUUCAAAUCACGGUAAUAAUCCUUCGAAUCAUUUGCAUUAUCAUAAGCCUCCUCUGGUUUGAUUAAUUUAGAAUAGCAAUUGCAUUUUCAUCACCUCUGUAUAUAUAAUUUUUUUUUACUAAAACAAAACAAUGCAACCAUGGGCCUGGCCAUUAUUGUGACCUUUCGCAAGUCAGUUUUAUAUAGAGACUGUCAACCUAGGGUAAGGUAUGGGAUACCGAAUUAUUGGUUUGGAAGGGGGGUUGUGUGGAUUUUUAGCACACAGACUGGUAAAGCGGGGGUCACAGGUUCAAAGGGUUAAGGCAUUAAUGUUGAGACUGGUGGUAAGAAAUUGAAAACAGUGUAUGAAUGCUAAGUUCUCAACUAUAAGAAAAGCUGAUAUAGUAUUAUAUUGUGUAUGUUUAAUGUGUGCACACCAGCACAAUUAUUUAAAACAUUUUUUUUUACUUUGUUGCUAAUCAGUUCAAAUUAAUUUUAAGUUUACUUAUGUAAUAACAGGAUGAAAAAUCUCCACAAGACAUAGAGCUUGCUGAGUUAAAGACUUCUAUUCAGGAGAUGGAUGUCACCACAGGCAAAAUCAUCAAACUUUGUCGCACAUUAGAUCAGGUUACUAUAAUAGUCAUAUUUUUUUAAGACCUUGACAGAUUAAUGUUGGAAUUGGACUGACAAAUAGCCAUAGGGACAGGGCAAAGUGCAAAGUAAUGUUACAGGAAGUAAAAAAAUACUCAUGAAUGGUUUUAUGUUAUGGUAAUCAAUAGAUUUAAGAACAGAAAGUUUCAACAUGUUUACAUUUUAUGCUCUAUUUAAAGCUACACAAAAGACAAACACACUUUAUAAACAUAUUCAUUCACAUUAAAAAAAAAAUUAACAUGAUAUUGUGUGUAAUAUUUUAUUGUGUGAAAUACAUUAUUGUGUGAAAUACAUUAUUGUGUGAAAUAUGUUAUUGUGUGAAAUACGUUAUUGUGUGAAAUAUGUUAUUGUGUGAAAUAUGUUAUUGUGUGAAAGGUUACAUAUUGGCUCUGCUUUUUUUACCACCUAAUAUACAGAAAUUAUUCAUCUCGGUCCAUCACUUUACCACUCAACUUAAACCUAAAUAUUUGUGACUGUCUGUGCAAUGUCGUGUCUGAUAUUCACAGAGUAAAUAAAACGUUAAUUCAUAAAAAGUUAUCCAUUGGUUUUGUCUUCCAAGAGGCUUCAUUUUUUACUUUUCAUGUCAUUAAGUAUUUUUGUCUGAUUGAAAAAAGCUAAGAAAUGAAGUAGCAUUGUGGCAAAACCAGAAUCAUUUUUAUUGUUAAAUGUUCCAUUGUUGCUUGCAAAAUUAUUUAAAAUAUAACCAGGUUUGCUCCAGAAAUAUAUUAUCUCUGAAAUAUCUAAUUAUAUAAGUUAAUACAUUAAUCCCUUUACUGAUUCUUUAUUUAAAAAAACUUACAAAAAAAACUUAUGUAUUUCUGGUUAUUUGAAUAAUGUAGUAAAGGAAGCACAAAUUAUUUGUUUCAUUACAAGGGAUUAAAAAAAAAAAAUCAUUUAAAAAUGCAUUAUUCUUUUACUAAAUAUUUAUAUGAAGCUAUUGACAAUAUAUUAAACUUUAAUUUCAUUAUCAAAUUGGAAGAGCAUCAUGUAAAAUAGGAUUCUCCCGAGGAUAACAUUUUUUUAAAAAGAAUACUGGUCUUAAAACCCUGUUAAUCAAAUAUGCCUUGCUCUACUUGAAGGUGCAGGAAAAGAGUCUUCAGCCGUUGGAAGAGAACUGAAUCAAUUAACUGUUAUAUUCUCAACAAUUAUUUUGCAGGCCCAUGGUUUCCUUAAGUUUGUGGACUCCAUUGUUGAGAAAACCCUGCGCAGUACAGUUGUGAUGACGGCAGCCAGAGGUCGAGGAAAAUCAGCCGCCCUUGGGCUUGCUAUGUCAGCUGCUGUUGCUUUCGGGUGAGAAAAUUCAUUGUGUGUUAUACUAUCAUUUCAGUAUUAAAAGUCAUGAAAUAAUAGCAGGUAUCUGAUUAAAUGUUUAUUAGCUUUGUAGAGAUAUAUACAUAAAUGCAUAACACCUGGUUAUAUGUGAGAUUCUUUAAAUCAGUGGUAAUGUAAGGGAGAAUUUUUACAUAAAUUCAUCUUAAUCUGAUAUAGGAAAUCUUUAAAUUAAGAUGCCACCCUCAGUGCUUAAUAACAAACCAGGACACCAACAAAUGAUAUGAAUAAAAAUGCUAAAUCUUUCAAAAUAGUUUGUGACACCACUCACUGGUUAGGCCUGGUAUAAAGCUUGCCUUGAGUUUGAAACCAAUCCUUGUAAUGUAUUUAUGAUUGGACUUGUGAUAAACUUAUGUAUUAUACUUGAAGGUUUGACUUUAUUCUCUUCUUUUGAAGUUAUUCCAAUGUGUUUGUGACUGCCCCAAGUCCAGAGAAUCUCAAAACCUUGUUUGAGUUUAUUUUCAAAGGCUUUGAUGCACUGGAUUAUCAGGUAUAUAGACCACUCUCACAUAAAAGUUUUUUAUCCAACUACAUUAAAAUUUGAAGUAUCAAAAUAAUUUAACCUGCCGUUUUUUUUUCUCUCUGUUUUGUUCAAAAUGUCCAUUUAUUAUACUUGGGGUCAUUAAUGAUGUGACAUCUCUUAUACUCAAGGUCAAUAAUGAUGUGACAUCUGUUAAACUUGGUGUCAUUAAUGUUGUAACAUCUAUUUCUAGUCUUCUCUUAUUUUCUCUCUAGGAACACAUUGACUAUGAAAUAAUUCAGUCCACCAAUCCUGACUUCAACAAGGCUGUUGUGAGAGUGAACAUUUUCAGAGACCAUCGGCAGACUAUUCAAGUAUUUCAAAUUUAACACAUUGUAUUUGGCCAAAUAAGUUUCUAGUCUCCCCUUCUUGCUUUAGUCAAUAAAUAAAACCUAACAGUUUUUGGAUUGUAAACUGUUUCUCAUGAGGCAUGAAAUAAUUUGUUUAGUUUAAUCAACAAUAUUUUUUAUCUUAUGUAAAAUGAAUAUUUAUGACUUGAGUAAGUCCCUCCAACAUAUUGUCCACAGUACAUUCACCCUGCUGACUCCCACAAGCUUGGCCAGGCUGAACUCGUUUGUAUUGAUGAAGCAGCCGCCAUCCCCUUACCACUUGUGAAAAGUUUGCUGGGUCCCUACUUGGUCUUCAUGUCAUCAACAAUCAACGGGUAUCAAAUUAGUUUGCUCCCAAUGCUCUACAUGUCAACAAGUUAUAGAAAGCAUAGACAUUAUAAAUAUAUAUAAAGAGUAUUGACCUAAGCUUCAUAAUUAAAUCCACCUUUCAAAUAUGUGCCCAGACGUAAUUUGGAAUAUAUGAUUAAAAUAUGGAUUUGAAGUGAACUAAUCACUGAAAUUUGGAGAUGUAGUUGGUUACAAAAUAAAAAAUUUUGUCAGUUUUCUGACACUGUAGACAAAAAAUUAAAAAAAUUAAAUGUUUUCUUAAAAUCAAAACUUGCUAGGAAAGACACGGUCAGAAGGCUUCAGUAGUAACCCUAAUUUAUAUUUAAUAAAGUCAGCAUGUUUUGUCUCUAUUUGAAGUAUUGUGUUGGGGUAUUUGGAAUGGAAGAAUGACCAAUACAUUAGUAAAAUAUUGCAGAGUAAUUUUGUUAGGUGUUGGGUCACAUAAAGUUUUUACAUGGAUAAAGUAAAUGACUUGAUAAGAAAACAAAAUAAUCUAAAUUAAUGUUUUCCAUUUUUUCUCUUCUUAUAUUCUUGGUGGCAUGUUAUGUUCUAUAUUUAUAUUUAGGUAUGAAGGCACUGGACGGUCCCUGUCUCUCAAGUUGAUCCAACAGCUUAGGCAGCAAACAGUAACUUAUGGUGGUAGUGUUAAAGAGGCCAAAAUGGCAGCAAAUAUGGGAAAAAAAGGAGCUGAUACUUCAUCAUCAGGUUGGUAAUAGACGGGGGGGGGGGGGGGUAUUUUUUAAAUACAUUUAUCUUAUUUAUUAGUCAGCUUUUCUUACUCUUCGUCUCUUUAAGUAAUUAAGAAAAAUUGACUUUUUAAACUCAUUCUCACAUUUCCGAGGGUAGGUAAUUAUUUCAAAUUAUAGGAAAUUUGAACAGAAUGUCCUUAUGAAAACAAAUUAAUAACCAGAAUUUUUCCUCAAGGAUGUCAUUGUUGCUCAGAUAAUAGAAUGCCUAUAACAGAAUAAAAAUUAAAAAUUUUCUCCAGGUCGAGUGCUACAUGAAGUGGAACUAAAAGAGUCCAUAAGAUAUGCAAAUGGUGACCCGGUUGAGGCCUGGUUAAAUAGACUUUUGUGUCUGGAUGCAAGUUCCAUACCCCGGUCAGUAUCUGGCUGCCCGCUGCCUGCAAAUUGUCAGCUGUAUUAUGUCAACAGGGAUACACUUUUUUCCUACCAUCCGGCUUCAGAGAAGUUUCUGCAUAGAGUUAUGGCUCUUUAUGUAUCUUCACAUUACAAGGUGGCGCAUUAUGCAAAAUUUUAUAUUAUGUUAUAAAAUGUACAAUAUAUUAAUUUAGGGAAAGCAAAAAUAAUUUUAAGUUUUUUAAAAGAAUACAAAAAUGAAAAGGAUUUAAUUAUUUCAUGGUUCAUCUUAGACUUUUGAAAAUACAUUUUCUAAUGUAUUCAGUUUAAUAUAGACUUUGGAAACUAAUUCUUGGUUUAGGUAAAAGACUGAACACUUUUAGUAAAUUGAAAAUGCAGUUGGUCAAUCCUAAAUAUGAAAUUUAUUGUUGACAGAAUUCUCCCAACGACCUCCAACUUUUGUCUGAUGCUCCUGCCCAUCACAUCUUUGUACUGCUGGGACCUGUGCAACCUUCACAGGGGGAACUACCAGAAGUUUUAUGUGUGUUACAGGUAAACAAUGGGGGUCACUAAGGUGCCAGUUUGUGAGAGGACUUCAUUUAAUAAUUAAUUUAUAAAAGUUUAUUUUGAUAAUUCAUGAACCACUCUCAUGCUACCACAUUUCUUUAAUUUGUUAGGCUUCAUUACAGAUGGAAUGAUGGCUUUUAUCAAAACAACACAACAUUAAGAUGAGCUGCAAUGUCUUCAGAUAUUUGAAUAUUUAACUAUUUUCGUUCCUAAAGGUUUGUUUAGAGGGUGAAAUCUCCAAAUCUACCAUCAUAAACAGUUUACAAAGAGGAAAACGAGCAUCAGGGGAUCUCAUCCCAUGGACUGUGUCACAGCAGGUUUGUUUGCCAAAUGCAUUUUUAUUAAAUUCUAGAAAUAACCAACCAAACAAUGGUGGCAGCAACACGUGAACUCCCAUCUACCCAAGUUACUUUACAAAAGCAUUCAAGUACUGCACUUUAUAAGAAUCCUAAAUUCUAUACAAAUUUGAGUACAUAUAUAGGAACAAAAUCAGAACGUUUUAAUACAGAAAUUCUAGAAAUUGUGUCGCCUAAUGGCAUUCUUUAGAGUAAACAACGCAUUCGGAUGUAAACAACCUUUUUCCCAGCCAAGAAAGGGGCGGGCAAGGAAGUAGUGACUUGGCACAUUUACUGGGUGUAGUCAACAUCAAUGCCAUACUAACGAGACAAGUGACCCUACCUUAAAAUGAAAAAUAGGCAAAGGCAUAGGCUAUAAUUUAACAGUUACAUUACAUCAUAUUUAAAUUGAGACUGUAUCCAUAAAACAAAAGAAAAUAGGCACCAAGCACAUUUGUGGUAUUUUUAAUCAUCUCAAUUAUUGCAGUUGACAGGAAUGUUCAUUUGAGUGCUAUUGAACUCAGCGUUACACCAUGCAUACAUAAAGUCAUAACCUGAGAAAUAUCAGUGGUGAUGUCAAGUCAUUUGUAAUUACUUCAUGCAAUCUUUUACCUGUGUGUUCUGAAUGAACCUGGAACAAAAAUACUCCUAAAAGCUGCUAAAAACCGUAAUUGAAAUUCAUUUAUUAAAAGAAUAAAAGUCUCUAUAUAGUUUAUUACAAUUAUAAAAACAAGAUUCACACAUCAAUUAUUAUGUGUACAACCUCAGUUGUCAAUUUUUGUGGUCUGCAACAGCCGAUUGUAUUCAUUGUUAAGCCAUUAUGCUGUAUUUGUUCAUCAUUUCUCCUCUAGUAUCAAGACCAUGAUUUUCCUAGUCUUUCUGGUGCUCGUGUUGUGAGAAUAGCAACACAUCCAGAUUAUCAAGGGGUAGGUAAUCAUUCAAGAAAACCUUUCCUUAUAUUUUAUGUACAAGGCUUAUAAACGAAAUAUUUUUGUGUUGUUGUUGCAUUAAGGCAGACAGACUUAAUUGUGCUUAUAUCCUCACAAUCUCUUCAAGAUGUUUAAAAAAAAUAAAAUUAAGUGAAUAACCCUAUUUUGCUUUAAUUGCAACAGAUGGGCUACGGUUCCACUUCCUUAGAUCAAUUACAACAGUACUAUGAGGGCAAAUAUCCCAAUUUGAAGGAAUCAACAACCGGUGAUGUUCAGAUGGAGAAUGGAGAAAGUAGUGAGGAUGAUGAAGGAAAAAAUCAAUUAAAAGAAGUUGAUGAUGAGGUAAGGAUGAAAAUUCACUGUAACGGAAAAAUAUCUCAUUCAUUGCUAGUAUGGAACAUCUCAAUUAAAUAAAAGGAUCUAUAAGACGUAGAAUUGUAAAUGGUGGAACGUUAAAUUGUAAAUGGUUGAACGGUGAUUUCUAAAUUUGUUUUUCCUCUUUUCCAGGAAAUAAAUUUAUUGAAUGAACAAAUUCAACCAAGAAAAAAUCUGCCGCCUCUUUUAGUCAAACUCACAGACAGAAGACCAGAGAAGCUUGAUUAUCUCGGGGUGUCUUAUGGGUUGACCUCAGACCUUUUCAGGUAAGUCAAAGCUAAUGAAAAAUAGUUAUGAAAUAUCCUACAAGUAUAUAAUGAUUUUAAAAUGAAAUUAAUUGUUACUUUAAUAGUUUCGAAACAUAAAAAUAAACAUUCUGAAGGACAGUCAUUUAUCUUCUCCGAAGGUUUUGGAAAAAAGCCGGCUUUGUUCCAGUUUACAUGAGACAAACCACCGUAAGUUUUUACUUUUUUUUUUAGCAGGGUGUUCAGCACUCUUAUACCAGUGAUAUAUCCUACCCAGGGGAUGGUAUAUUGUCUCAUUAAAAAAUGAAAUAAUAUUAAUCAGCUGGUAUAAAUUAAUGACUAAAUGAACAGGAACUGCCAACCAAAAUCAUGUUUAAACAACUUUCUUCUUAGAAAUGUUAUUUUCAAGUCAUUUGCACUUGUUUCUUUCAAAAUAAUGGGGUAAUAACAUUGCUUAUUACCAGAAUAAAUUUGACAUGAAUAUUUAGUAUGGUAGAAUCAGUAGUUAAAAAUGCAUUAUAAUUGGUAAUCUCAUUCAACAACAGAUUUGUUGUGAUAAAUGCAUUAACAAAUGAGACUAUCUCCUUGCAGUCGAUCCUGAGAGUUCUUGAAAUGUUAAUGUAGAUCCUACUUUUGUUAUUACAAGUGCAUUAUGUGGAUCUGAUUCCUUUGAAAUGUAUAUUGUUUUUUGAUAGAAUGAGCUGACUGGAGAACAUUCCUGCAUCAUGCUCAAAACACUGAACACAUCUGAGGAUGAGAGGCAAGCUUGGUUAGAGGCUUUCUGGAAAGGUAGGCCAUUGAUGAGUGCUCUAGAUAUUACAAAGUGAUGAGAAAGGGAAGAACCAUUUCCAGCUUCUGUAAUCCAACCACAGUUUUUGUCCUAAUGAGAAAUAAGGGAAGUUUUUACAGGUGGUGCAUCUUCUCUAGGAUAAAGAGCAUUAAAUAAUGUUGCAUAGCGAAUCUUUUCUUAUAUAAUAAUUUAUUGUUUACUUUGCAAUAUUUGAUGAGGUUUAAGCUGGGGAUCAAGGGUUAGACAUUUUCACCCGGUACCGAACCAAGUUUUUUUUUUACUACAAAUUGCCAAAGUACUAUUAUUCAGAGUACUAUUUGUGCAUUAUACAUUAUGAAACUUACCAUAUAUCACAGCAUAUAAUGUGAUCUACAUAUAAUACCAUGUCUAUUUAUAAUAAGCUGUUACUCUAAUAAUACAAUGCAAAUUAACAAAAUAGAUAACUAUUUUUAAAUUAUUAGAAUAUUUAAAUUGAACUUUGGUCAUACUGAUACAAUUAUGCUAAUAUUCCUUCAGGGGCGCUGCUAUACAAUUAUGCUAAUAUUCCUUCAGGGGCGCUGCUAUACAAUUAAUCUAAUAUUCCUUCAGGGGCGCUUCUAACAUUACUGAUGUUAUGUGCAGAUACUAUGGGCAGAUUGCCGAAUGGUUGAAUAUGCAAUAGUAUAAUAAUGUAUAUCGUUUACCAGUCAUGAAAUUUUUUUUACACGUGUUAAUACGAACCGAUACUAUUAACACUUGAUAUUCACAUAGUGCAUAAAGUUAAAAAAUUUCUAUCCACAUGGCGGUAUGGUUAAGAAUAAUGUUAUAAGAAAGUAAAGUUGUAUGAUAUUGGCUUUACUUCAUUAACUUUAAUAUAGGAAUAUUUGUUACUAAUACUACAGCUAGCAUUAUUAACCGAUUAAAUAUCUUUAAUUACAAAUAAAUUGCUAUCAACAUCAUUAUCUGAGUCCAUUUUAAAAAAUUAUAUUGAUUAAUAUUGGAUGUUAAACAAGCUAUUUCAUUUAAAAGUUGUGAGUUUUCCAUUUGGGAAGGAUGCAAAAACAUGUUUUAAUUUAUAUCAUGUUUCUAAUAAAGUUAGAGUUUAAAAAAAGCUGAUUUAAUUUUCUUUCUCUUCGGGUUUCAGUGGGGAUUGAACAAGUUUGAAAUUGACACAAUUUAGACUGCACAGCCAAAAAGCUUCCCAUUUUAAUGCGCAAAUUUAUUGAAUAUCUUGCAAAAUUAAUUUUCAGCAGUAAUAGUAAAAUUUGCUAAGGCAAGUAUUGAAAAAAACAGAAUAUUUGGUCGGAGUGAAGGUCUGAUGCGAUUUCUGGUUGUUCCCUGGUUUAAGUUACCAGUUGUUGUUUUUUGUAUCUACAGAUUUCCGUAAAAGAUUUGUGGCACUGCUCUCAUAUCAGUUCCGUAUCUUGAAGCCAGCAAUGGCCUUAAACAUCCUUCAAAACAAAAAUUUUAAAACAGAAGGGGCUGGUAAGUCUCUAAAACUUUAACAAAAUUAGCUAUUAAAAUAUUAUGUAUAUUUUUACACCGAGUAAGUCAAAUAUACUCAAAUCACUUAACCAGCCUAUAUUCUAGUUGUAUAUUUUAUUAAUUAAAGAUUAUUUAAAUUAAAAAUAACUAAGGUGAUCCAUUUUUUUCCCUCAAAAAAAUGCUUAUAUCUACUAAAACUGAAAUUUCUCCACACUUCUAGAUUCAUAGGUGCGUCAAUUUAAAAAAAAAAAUCUUGUUUGUUCCACAGUUAAAUUAGGCCGGUCUGAACUUCUCAUGUAUUUCACCACAUAUGAUAUUCAGCGCCUGGAACUGUAUGCUAGUAACAUGGUGGACUACCAUCUUAUUGUUGAUCUCUUGCCAGAGUUGGCCAGGCUUUUCUUCACUGGCCGCAUCAAUAUUCACCUUAGUGUGGUACAAAGUGUAAGACAAUCUUUGCGCCCUUUUCGUUGGUUUUUUCUUUUUUUCUUCUUUUUUUUACUCCUGUUGGUUUGUUGAAAAGUUUAUUUCUGUCAAUGUGUAAAUUUAAAUAGCCAAAUUAUAAUUCCAUAAUGCUGAUCAUUGGUUUCACAUACUCUUUCUGGAAAACUAUUCUGACAAAUUGUGAUGCGACGGGAAAAACUAAAUAAUUGUAAAUUUAAUUUCAGAGCAUCUUACUGUCACUUGGUCUUCAGCACAAAACUGUAGAUGAAAUUGAAAAAGACAUUGAGCUUCCCGCCAACCAAGUGUUAGCUCUUUUUAACAGAUCUAUUCGCAAGUUUGUGCAGGUGUGUGGAUAAUAUUAAACAUAUGGUUUUUAAAAAAAUGUAUUUGUAAAUCUGUAUUCAUCUGUGGCAAUAUUAGAUUUGGUGAACUAUUUGUUCCGAUUCUUAAAAUGUGUUUUUGGCAGGCUAUUGAGGAAAUGUGUGAUAUGUAACUGUGGUCCCACGGUUGUUAGGAUUUCAGCCAUUAAAUAAGCCUCUAUUAAGAAUUAGUAAAUUAUUUUCAUGCACAAAAGUUUGAGGAUGAUUAUGAAACGUUGUUACAUUUAAAUUGUUUUUUAAUAUAAUCUGAUCACCAUGCCUGUAGCUAGUAGCACUCUGCCUUUAUUUAACAUGCAAACACUAAUAAAAUAUCACGAUUUGUUUAAUUUUGUCAAUCUAGCAUUUUAAUGAGAUCUUGGAGAAGGAAGCUGAAGCAUCAAUAGCAGAGAAAAAAGAUGUUGUGAUGGAUCCACUGCGUCAAACCAUGGAUCAAGAACUGGUGUGUAUUUGUAGAAAUAUAAAUUAUCUAUAAUAACUUACUUGCAGAAAUUUUAUUAUAAUUUAACAUGAAAUAAAAUUGUUUAUAUUCUUUUAUUUAUUUUUAGCAUCAUUGUAUAUAAAAAUUGUUCUGAAUCCAUGAUGUCUGUGGUUCUCAUUCCGUGCUUCUUGGAACACUGGUGCUCUGCGAAACCACUUGAAGUGUUAUGCAAAAAAAUAAAAUACACAAUUAAGAAUUGUUGCAAAAGAAAAAGCAAUACAAUGUAAAAUUAUUUUUUUAGGGGCUUUAAUAUGCAAAAUGAAUGACAAUUAAAAAUGUUUGUCCAUUCGCACAUAUUGGUGUGCCUGUGUAGUUCACUUUCGAAUUCUGGGCAGUCAAUGUGGUUUAUUUCACUGAGUUCCAGUAAUGGCAUCGAAUCGAACUCAAAGUUGCCUGAAACUUGGUACAUCAAUAACAAACUGGUUUAUUGUGCUUGCUAAAAGGGUAAACUGCUCUCAGUCUAUUGCUUUAUUGAUUGCUAUUUAAAUUGUAUCAAGCCAUACACUCUUAUACAUUGUUUAACACUAACGAUUUAUAAAUAGUCACUCUUUAGCAAAAUGAAUUUACUAUUUCGUUGUUCACCAUAAAUUGUGUACCGCGUGUAAUGUAUUAACCGUUGAUUGUCUAUGUCUGUAUGCUGUCGUUAUUGUAAUUGUAUUUAUUGUAAAUGAUUUUUUUCAUUUCUUUCAUUUCUCAAUUAAUUUGAUAUAUUUCAUAAAAUUUAUUUUAUUAGAGGUAAUGGAUAAUUUCAUCAUAAAGAAAUCUUGUUUUGAUAGCACUAAUGAUAAGGCUACCGCUAGCACAAGGCCAAGGCCACUGCUAGCACAAGGUCACUGCUAGCACAAGGCUACUGUUAGCACUAGUAGUAUUGAAGACAAUGCAGAGGAGAUAUUGUAAAAUCAACUUGUGUGUCCAACAAAGAAUACAUAAAAUUCGGAUUUACCUGGACCGGAAAUACAGAUUUUCAAACUCCUGACUGCUUUGUAUGCUGAAAGAAACUUGCCAAAAGCAUGAUUGAUGCCUGCUAAAUUAAAGUAUCAUUUUUCAACUGAGCAUAAAAAUGUUCGUAGGUCAACAAAGAAUACAAUAAUUAGAAGAGAAAACAAUGAAACUGGCCUGGUUACCCCAUAUAAACAAAAUUUUUAAAAAGGCCAACCCUACACUAGGUUUCAUUCUAAGAAAUCUGCGCCACUGCCCAACUUCCUGCAAACGAAAUGCCUAUCUUGCACUUGUCUGUCCACAACAAGAAUAUGGUGCGAUCAUCUGGGACCCAUACCUAAAGCAAGGCGUGGACAAGAUGGAGCUAAUCCAACAUAACGAGGUGCGCUUCAUCGCACGUGACUACAAAUCCACCACUUCCAGCUUCGUCACAGACCUCUUAAAAAGAUUUGACAUUCCCUCCCUCAAAGACAGACGAGAAAAGCUCCGCCUAAUAUUCUUAUAUAAAGUGGUCAUGGGGCUAGUGCCGGCCAUCCCAGCAAACACAUAUCUCACCCCCACAGAAGCCAGGUCGAUUAAUCAGAGCCAAACGCUCACUGAACACUGAUUUCACCACUGACAACCCCAUAAAAAAUUAAACCCAGAAAAAUAGCAAAUACUUCACUGUGCCUCGGUGUAACACAGUGCAGUAUAAACAAUCAUUCUUCCCAUCACAAUAAUCGCCUGGAAUCACCUGGACAAUGCCGCUGUGGAUUUGACAUCGGUCGAAAGCUUCAAGACUGCCCAGGCAUCUGCUAGGAGCUGUUAGAAUAGCAAUAUCGCUUCCCCAACUGUUGCCCAGAUGCCAGUAUAUGGAUGCAGCAACCAACAUGGCUUCCCCAACCAUUGCCCAGAUGCCAAUAUAUGGAUGCAGCAACCAACAUGGCUUCCCCAACCAUUGCCCAGAUGCCAGUAUAUGGAUGCAGCAACAAACACUGAACAGAGAGUGAUAAAGCUCACCUGGUGUGUUAUAAAACUGCUGAGAUAGUAUCACUAAAAUUAACGCCACACACACUCAUUUUUUGCCACACACUCUCAUUUUACCCAGCUGCUGUGAAAAAGUGACAAUUAUGUUUGGAGAUGGAGCAAAAAAGGACAUUUUCUGAUGACACGAUUCGCAGAAGAAUGACAUGUCCUGCAACAUUGAAAGAACAGUCGCAGGUGAACUGGUUAACAUGUCCUUUGCUAUACAAGUAGUCAAAUCAACUAAUAUGAGUGGCAAGAUAUAUACUUUGUGUCAUUUUAAACCAAUUUUUAUGCCGUAAAACUUUUAGGGCCUACAACUGGCCAGGACUUAUUUGACGGGGUUAUGUCAUAUUUGUUGAAAUUAUCAUGGGAUCAAUGUGUCACGAUUUGUAACUAUGAUGGAAUUAAUCCAAAUAUAAUAUUUCAUCACUGUUUCUUGCAUGUAGAAGUACUUAUAUAAAAAAAUACCUGAGAGACUUAACAGUUUCCAUGCUUAAUUUUAUUAAAUUGAGACAGCUGAAAAGACACAUUUUCAAACAAUAUGGACGCAGACUACAAAUGUUUAUUUCUUUAUACAGAAGUGAGGUGGUUGUCACAUGGAAAGGUUUUAAAUCAUGUGUUGCAAUUAAAAAAUGAAGUACUGGGUUGUUGUUUUUCGAAACGGAAUAACUCGAAACUUUUGGAAAAUAUCUGAAAAAUGUUAAUUGGUGCAAUAAUUCGUCGUAUUUGGUCAAUAUUUUUGCUUACUUUUGCGAUAUAAGUAAGCAAAAAAACAACGACAAAAUUCUACAUCAACUGACAAAUUAUGUGCAAUUAGAAAAAACUUUUACUAUGUAAGAGACAUUUAAAAGAAAGAAACAGAAAUGUUCCCAUUCUGUGCAGGAUACAAACGAGGUAAUCAUUUCUUUAAUAAUUGUAAUUGAAAAUUCAACAAGAGAGGAAAAUUUUGAAAAAUAUUUUUCAUUGUUAAACACUAAACAAUUUGUUUGGAUAAGAAAGCCAUUUGUUUCUUCUGACUUCUGUAGUUUUCUCUGAAUGAGAAGAAUAACUGACAUUGCUUUCUUCGGAUCGUGGAUUAAAUACUCAUGAAAAAUUCUGGAUAAACACAUUAUUAUUUUUUUCACAUCAUAUCUUUGCAAAGCAGGAUUUUCAAUGAUGGUUAAUAUCAAAACAGAGAUACCCAGAAGAGCAGUGACAGGUUGGAGGCGGUCCAGCGACAGGCAGCAUGCUUUGUCCUGAGCCGCUACCGGAAUACCUCUAGUGUUGGCAGCAUGAUGGAAACACUAGGCUGGUCACCAUUGGAGUGACGACGACGACUAUCCAGGCUCUCCAUGAUGUACAAGAUAAAUAACGACGACUAUCCUGGCUCUCCAUGAUGUACAAGAUAAAUAAUGGGCUGGUCCACUGUUCCAGUAUUAAACAGAAACUCGUCCCUCUCCCCAUAGACAGAGAUGAGGCCAUGACAGGCAAUUCCGGCUCAUACCAGCAAGAAGCCAGUAUAGGAACUGCUCAUUCCUGCCCAAGACAAUCAGGGGCUGGAACAAGCUUUCAAAAGGAACAGUUGAGGCGAAAACACUAAACACAUUUCGUAUCCGGAAUUUUGAUCGAAAGAAAUUUCGUCGACGGUAAAUUGAUCGUCAGUAAUUUGAUCGAACGGAAAUUUGGUCGAAACUUUUUUUCUGUUUUUACAUUAAAAUUUCGCUUCAAAUUUCAUUUUGAACACAUUAUUUUGUUUUACUAUAUAGUAUAGUGCGUUCAAAUAGAAAUUUGACGAAAAUUUUAACGUGUGAACCGAUAAAAAAUUCGACCAAAUUUCCGUUCGAUCAAAUUUCCGUCGAUCAAUUUACCGUGGACGAAAUUUCUUUCGAUCAAAUUUCCGGUAAUCAUAGGAACUGCUCAUUCCUGCCCAAGACAAUCAGGGGCUGGAACAAGCUUUCAAAAGGAACAGUUGAGGCGAAAACACUAAACACAUUUGCGUCUAUUGCCUCAAGCCUUCCAACCCCCAGUGCAUGAUUCCCUCACAAAGUAACACUUGCAAUCAGUGAAAUAUCCUCAUCAACACCAGGCACAGUAACAUUGCAAAUCCCCUCUACAUGCAUAGGAGCCAAAAUGAUCACUAAAUUGAUCGUGGGCCCUUAAUAUAUAGAACAGUGGUUCUCAACCUUUCUAACGCGGCGACCCUUUAAUACAGUUUCUCAUGUUGUGGCGACCCCCCCAACCACAAAAUUAUUUUCGUUGCUACUUCAUGACUGUAGAGUAUAUGUGUUUUCCUAUGGUCUAAGCCGACCCCUGUAAAAGGGUUGUUCGACCCCCAAAGGGGUUGCGACCCACAGGUUGAGAACUGCUGAUAUAGAAGAAGACUUAGCAAUGCAGAUUUUCAAUGAUGGUUUAUAUCAGAACAAAGAAACCAGAAAGCCUGGUAAAUUAGAAGAGAUUCCAGUGGCUUUAGCAUUAUUCAUUACAAUAUUACUGACAUCUGGAGUCACCAAGCUCAUGUAUCGCAUUAAAUUUGAUUAAUUAUUUGUAAAAUAUUGUAAUUUAAGUAAUUUUUAGAUAAAUAUAUUUUGAUCUUUUAUAAAAGUAACACUAUUAAGCAGGGGUGGCUAAUUUUUUUGCAUGCAACAAAUACAAUAGAAGAUUACCUUUAAAGCUAAUCAAGGGUGCAAUAUGUUUUUAAAAUUAACGUAAUACUGUGCUGCUCCUGUUAUAUAGGUGAAACUAGAACAUCUUUGUGAUAUCAAACAGGGCAAACUUUCUUGGAUUCAUCCCAUUUCAAUGGAGAUAAACACAAAGGGACAUCAGAUGUUUCCAUCAUGGCACUGAUUUCCUGCACUAACACACCAGCAAGCGUUAGAAUUAGAAGGGAAAACAAAUUAAAUUGAGCUUUUUGGCACAAUAUCACCAUUUUUUAAUUAUAUAUUUUACAAGUUUCCAAAAAAAAUUUUGUCUAUUAAAAUCUUAUUUUCAAAGUACUGAUACAUACAUUUUUUACUUCCUGUAAUCUUGGUUUUGGAAUACACAACUUCUGGCAAUAACAUUAAUGGCCAACACUUUUUUAAAACUAUUUUCUAUUUCUUGUUGUUUCUUCAUUUUGCCUCUGCUGAGGAGCGCUCUUAGCCAAAAUGUUCUUUUUUAUUGUCCUGUCUUUAUAUUUCAAGCUCCUCUUAAUUUGUUCCACUAUUUCCUUUACACAGUUUGCAUGCAGUCCUUCAUUUAUUAUACUGUAUUGUGUUAAGGGCAAAAAAAAAUUCAGAGUAGGUGUUCCCAGACUUCAAAAAGAUUGAAAGCCAUGGAGAACCACUGCAUUACAUCAUGAACUUAUUUAUUAGCUUAUAAUAUUUUUCAGGAAACUUUAUAUUUUUUUGUUGCAUAUAUUUGAAAAGUUUGUUUACAAUUUCUAGGCAGAAGCUGGUAACCAGUUUAGACAACAGCACAAAAAAGAUGUAGCUAGUUUAAUUGGUGCUGACCUCUCUCAGUAUGCAAUCAAGGGCACAGAGACAGACUGGACAGAAGCCUUAAAAGGUUCAGGAAAAUCUGUAGUCAGUGUCAAAAGGUACUUUGAACUUGUAAAUGAACAUAUUAGAAAGAAUCAGCUUGCCAUGUUCCUUGGCUAUGGUUAAUAAAAUUAGUAAUCAAUACCAUUAAGUUUAGUGAAAAUGGGAAGCUGAGAAGUUUAACCAUUCAAGAAAUGAAAGUGAGAAAUUGAUUCAUAAAGGAUGCAAUAAAAAUAAUGUGUUGAAUUUAGUGAUAAGCAAUUAUGGGAUGUCUUGGUAAAAUAUUUAGUGCUUUGCUUUGAUAUAAACAGAAAUUUUUAUUGCAAUCUUUGCAGGCAUGAAAUUAAUUGUUUGAAUUGUAAAGUGGAAUAUUAAAACUAUAUUUUUUUACACUAUAGCCAUCUGGAAAAGAAGCGAAAGUUGGCAGAUGAAGUGAAGGAAGCUGUCAAACCUGGCAAGAAGAGUAAGAAAAAACACAAGAACAAGUAAUCAAGCAUUUUUAGGUUUCAUUUUCCUUUUGAUAAAUGUAAAUGUUUCUGCUGCUAUUUGAAAUGUAACUAGAAUCGGAGUCUUUGAGGAAAUAAAUCUGUUUUAAUUUGU